AUGGAUUCUCCAAGCAGUUCAUCUGCCGAAACUUGCAUCCAAAGCCCAACUGAUGAAUUUCACGACGAAAUUCCCGUUCACGAUCACGACCACGAGCACCAAAACUACGAAGAUUUCGACGAUGCCGAACCUCUGGAUGAGCAACUCGACCAUUCGCAUCACGAAAAUGCCGUUUUGCUGCUUCAACCGAUCCACGUUUACGACGAAAGUCGCCCUUUGACUGCCGAAGUCGAAGAAAUCCCGCAAGACGAGGACUUUUUGGACAAAAUCAAAGACAAUCCGCUCUUCGAUCGGUUCCAAAAAACACUUAAAGAGCACUUAUUGAAGGUCCAGGCGCAACUCCAGGCGGAAAUUGACGACUUGGACAACCAAAUAACGGAGUCAGAUCGCCAACGAGAGGAACUCGGAGCGGAAUUGUAUGACAUGCAGGCGAAAGUGGACAAGCAACGGGAGCAAAUUCACAAAGCAACGAUGGAAAUUCAAAAAACUUCGGAAGAACGGAAGAAACGUGAAGACAACAUUGUCAUCCUGAAGCGCGAUUUUCGUCAAAAAUCCGAAAAUUAUAAAGAAUCCACGAGAAUUUACAACGAAAUGUUGAUGGAACUCGACAAUUUGCAGGCGCUCGAGAACGAAAUCAGCAAAUGGCACAAAGAAGUCAAAGACGAGAUCAAAGUUUCGAAGCGAAUGGUCUCGAAAGAUGCGCAGGACAAGAAAAAACUCGCCGAAGAAAAGCGUAAAACGGAUUUUUUCCUCAUGAAUUUGGAGCAGGACAUUGCGCGACGCGAAAAGGAACUCAGCAACAUCAACGUUCAAAUAAAGGAGCAAGAUGUCAUCAUCAACGACCUCAAAAGAAGCAUCGCCGAUGCCAAUGCCGACCUCGAAAUCAUUCAAAAUGAGCAAAAACGGCUUCAUCAGUCGUGGAACGAGGUUAUUGUCGCCAUCACGCAACGUGACAAAGUCCUUGCCAAGCACAAGGAAGAGCUGCAAAAAGAGCAUGAGGCACAAAAAGUGCUCCAAUCGAGCAUCGAUGCCACUCGCAAGGCGCUGCGGAAGGAAAAAGAGACAUUUGUCAAGUUGGAAAACCAAAAAAAUCGCAUCGCGAGCGAUUUAAUGUCGAUGGAGCGCGAUUUUGAACGCGAUGAUGACGAACAUCAGCAAACGUUGCAACAAAUUGACGCUUUUAAGGCUUUGCUGGAACAAACGGAGGAAGAUUUUAAAAAGGCCCGUUCCGAAGGUUUGCUCAUCGAGAACCAUCUGAAAAAAAUUAAUUUGCAAAUUGAGAGGCAAAACAAGCAAAAAUUUACUUUAGAGGAAAAAGUGCUGGAAUGCCUUCAAGAUCAAAUCACUUCAGAUAAAGCUUCGGACCAUCGUGCGAAAUUACUGCGAGAAGCACAAGCGGAACGUCGAAAACUCGACAUUCAGAUGUCCGAAUUGGAAAACAAACUCGCCAACGGUUUACUGGACCUGGAAAAAUGGAAAACAACGAUCGCCCAAAGCAAGGAAAACAUGGAUCGGCUACAAAAAGAGCACGAUGCGACCGACGAAGUUGCUGCCGGCAUCGCCAAAGAGCUCGACGACAUGAAAAAAGAAAUCGACCAAAAGAUGCGGAAGUUGGAUCUCAUGAACAAGGAGCUAGAUCGUCUCAUUCAGGAAGCGGGCGGCAAGGAAAUCAACCCGCUCGAGAUGAAAGUCCUCGAAUUGGAGAAAGAUAUCGAAGAAAUGGACAAAGAAAUCACAAAAUCGCAAAAGUUUUGGAUGCAGUUGCAGUCAAAUGUGGUGAAUUUGUCGCAAAAACGCACAAAUCAACUCAACGAGAUCAUUAUUUCGCGAAAACAACUUCUCGUGAUCGAACAACGAGCGUUAAAAAUCGAAUCAGAGAUGGCGCGGUUGGAUAACGAGAAUAAAGACACGCUCCGAACGCUCGAUAAUCUGCAAUUUACGUUCCAACAGUUGAACGCGCAAAUCUACAAAACGAAGAAAAAUCACGCCGAAGCCGAACAUCGAUGCCAAAUGGCCCAUCAAGAGAUCACGGAUCGUCUCGAGGCAUCGGAGCGCGAAAUACUCGACCUAGAAGACCAAAUUGCGCACUUGCACGCGGAAAUUGACGAAAUGAAGCACGCCGUCAUGGAAAAACAUCACGAAGCCCUUUCGUGGGAGACGAAAUUCAAAAUGGCGCAAGAAACGAAAAAAUAUCUGGACGAGGAACUCGCAAAUACCUCGGAAACGGCAAUGAUGAAGGCCGAAAUUCAUCGCAUGGAGGUCCGUUAUGCGCAAUUAAAGCGGGCGCAGGACAAGCUGAUGCAGGAUUUGGAUAAUUCUGUUCAUCAGCGCGGGCAUAUUUUCGAUACGGCAAGUUGUCGGGAGAAAGUUAACAAGGAAACAAAGUCACGAUCGGCGAUGCAUCACAAGAUUGGCGAGAUGAAGGCGAAAAUUAAGGCACUUCAAGCGGAAAUUACGACAGUGGAGAAUGGAAUUGUGGAGGUUACGGGCAAAAAACGGUGCAUGGAAACGGAGUUGGAGACCAAAAAGCAAGAGCUGGAAGAUGAAAUUAUGCAGGAUAAGUUGUUGCAAGCGGAAAUUGAGCAAGGAAUGCUCUUGAAACAGGAGAACUUGGAAAACAUUGUUCGCAAACAACAUCGCGCCAAAUGCUACAAAAAACUCCUCAACACGUGCCAGCCGUACAAGAAACGCAGCGAAACUGCCGUCAAUGCCGACUACGAGCGUCAACUCGAAGCACACGAGCACUUGACGAACAUCGUCGAAGGCCUUCAACAGGAAUUCCCCGAACAAAAAUACGUCACAACAAAAAUUCUACAAACUCUAAAGGGCUAG